CGAGUAGUCUGGCUGGCAAAGAAGUGAUUCGCAUUUACCUGUUGCACAGUGAAAAGAAAGUUCCUAAGAAAGUAUAACGUCUGUAUGCGAAACGAGCACCUACCAGUAGUUUGUCUUCUUGCCAACUAAACGGACGCUUUAGCGCAUGCGCGGUGCUAACUUCUACGUUUUCAUAUCCUACCUAGUAGCUAUUACUUCUUGUGCAUUUUAAUUCGUGGUCGCUGGUUUGCUUGCGUGUUUUGCAUAUACAUACCUGUGAUUUUGGUGCCACAGACGUAAGGCAUAGUUACAAAUAUACAUACAUACAUACAUUCAUAUUACGUGUUAACGCUGGUAGUUGUUGCGCGCAGUCGCGUUCGGUCGACAAAAGUCAGUCGCGUGUAGCAAGUUCGGAACGUGAUAGACUUUGUUUUUUGCGUGCAUAUUGUGAAAGUUACUCUCAACAUUGUCGCUAAUUGGCAGCUGCAACACAACUAUGUUGCUGCUACGAAAGGCCGUUUUAAUGCUGGUGCUGCUUUGCGUGCACGUAUCCUUUACCCAGUCGUCGAGCCAACAGCAAGAUGAUGCGAAUCCGCUGCUCGAUAUGGCCUCCAUGUUCAUACAAGAGGCGUUGAACAACCAAGCGGGCAAUGGUGGUGCCAGCGCGGCUGGCGGGGCAGGCGGCGGCGCUGGCCUCGCUGGUGUCGCCUCUCUCAUAGGUAGCUUUAUGCAGGCCAACGCUGGCGGCGGUGGCUCUGCCGGGCAAGGUAAGGCGGCCGCAUCCGGUGCCAUGCAAAUCUUAUCCGGCAUCGGCAGUUUGCUUGCCAAUGCGGGCCAAAAUGGUGGACGUGCUGGCGGUAGCGCUGGUGGUUUCGAUCCGGCCAUCAUCGGCAAUGUGCUCGAAAUGUUUACCAACAGCGAUGCAGACUCGGAAGAUGCGGGCGCUGGUGCGCGUAGUAAUGGCGGAAAUGAUGCUGGCAUCGGCUUGGACUCGAUACUACAAAUUGCCUCUGUGUUUAUGAACGCCAACACGGGCGGUGGAGGUCAGCAGCAGCAGCAGCAGCAGCGACAAGCUCAUCAUCAGCAAAGACGCUCAGCCAACGAUGAUCUAAAUAUGCGUCAGAACGAAGUUGACGCAGAUUCCGAGGAUAACGGCGGUUUGAUGAGUCUCUUGCCCUUGGUCAUGCAGGCGGUUAGCUCGUUUGCAGGCCCAGAGGGACAGCAAACACAAGAGAGGCACAAAGGUCACGCCUGGGUGUUGCCACCGUUCUUGGAACAUUUGCAUGUUGUGUGGGAUCACUUCUCCAACUCGGAACUCGCCGAUGCGCUCUACGAAAAGUCAGGCGUGAACAAAAUCUUAAAGGGUUUCAAGGGCCGCGAUGGUAAAUUAGACUAUGACAAGCUUUUCGAUUCGCUGAACAAUCAGUCAUUCCGCAGACGUUGGAUCAAGUCGGCGACGCUCUACCUAGCCGACUGGGCCAGCUAUUUGGCAAAUCCGGAAGUCUAUCUCAAAUAUUUCCAGACAGCGCAAUUGAUGUUCAACGGUUUUCUCAAAUCUCAAGGUUAUCCCAAGAGUACCUUCUUCGAUCCUAGUCGCGCCAGCGAGACCAUAUCCAAUUUGUUCGAUCAUGUGGCCAAGCAUCAUCUCAAUGUAAAGAUCGACUCGCGCCAAUAUGUCAAACCGGCUGUGGGCUAUGCCAAAGAAUUGCUGAAAUUGGGUCAAGCGCGAGGUCUACUGCAGUUCAAUGCUACCGAACUGAGUGACAAACUAACAGAUACACUCAAUUUGGAGGUCAUCGAGCCCGUUCUCAAAGUACAUCGCGCCUACAGAUUUAUCUUGAAAUCGCCACAAUGUGACCGUUACGUAUUCUGUGAACUAAAUUCGCCCGAGCAAAAUGCAGUUGGCAGCAAUGCGCGUGGCCUGAUUUCAGGUGUCAGUCUGAAGAUUGUGAAAAUCGGCAGCAUGGGAGCCGCUAUAUUCAUUAGCACCGAAACUGGCACACCGUUCUGGACAUUGUUUGGUGUGAUAAAUGCGCCACACAACUGUGAGGUCAAAUAUCCAGUCGAUUGCAGUGGUUUCCAUGAGGGCGAAGCUAAAGUCACCACUGAAUAUGUACACAAUGAGUUGUAAAUGGAUGCGAUGGAAAGGUGAAGUUUACAACAACAACAAAAAAGGAAGCUGUGGAUGUGAUGUUGAUCUACAAAGCUGCGAUAGGAAUGCAAAUUGAUUGUGGCUGCAUAAUUAUAGUUAAUAUUAGCUAGUUUUUAAACGUACUUUAAAUAAAUGUUUAGCCGCUAAAUAUUAAGAAAAUAUAAAUUAUUCAUA